AAUCACAUGGGUUAGAUGGAAGAGCAGAAAUGGAAAAAACUACUGUCUCCCGACGAUCUUCAACUAGAUUGGAAACCACUUUAUGACCUGUGUGUUCGCUUAAUAGAGAAGAGCCAUAGUGGCUUAGGAAUGUAUAAGUACUCUUCAUCUCUUGAAAUGGUUGUUGAAGAUUUAAUUUGUGUUUGUCGUUUAUACUUUCCAGUGGAAGCGACUCAAGAAAUUUUGGACGAAUUUCGGCCUCACCUAUAUCCGUACGACAAUACACAGACCGGUAACACUAUAAAUUAUCUUGGAUUGUUAUUACCAAUUGUUACUCCACCCGAAAAGAAACAUUUGGGAUACGAGCUUUGGUUGGGAGAACUCAUGGAAUUGUGGAGAGUGUGUCCUAAUGCCAAGGUGUGGGAAAAUCAUUUGACUUGUCUACUGGCGCGUUUGGCAAAUUAUAACCACGGGCGUAUUAACUGGGACCCUUACAUUCCUAUUAUGUUUGACCGUUUUAAGAGAGCUUUUCAUUUACCUGUAAGUUACCAAAGGAGGCAAUUGAUGAGACCAUUUAAAAUUGACGCGACGUCUAUGGUGAACUGGAUUGUGUGUACUCUAGGUGGGCCGAGUGACGUGGCCUUUUCCCACUUAGAAAAAUUUAUGCAAUCUUUAGAAUCAUACUACCAUCCUGCCAACUUUGGAAAAUGGACACCAAAAAUUCGAGAGUUGUUAAGAAAAUUAGCGUUGUAUUUUGUACAACGCGUACAUUGCGAGCGUUUUAAGAAGAUAACUUGGGACUUUAAGAUAUCUCCCGAGUUUAAACUGACUGACGCAGACAUUGAACGUUUUGUUAAUAUUAUGAAACCGUGUCUAGAACAAGCGAUGUUUUCUGGACUCGGCACCCAGGAAGUUGCGUUUGCAAUGCAAUACCUAGCAGCGUUACGUCCCGAUCUAAUUGUCCCAGUUGUACUAGAAAAACUCUACACUUCUAUGGAUAGCCUCACCGAGCCUCACAAACUAUUAUCAUCGAUGAUUUGUACUAUGUCAGUUGCAAGAUUUAUGGCCGACGGUGCUAAGAACAAUUAUCCUGAGGGCCCCACUCACAUCUUUCCACUUCUCACCUCAUUUUUACCAGGAAUCGAUCCAAACGAUAUCAGAAAAUGCCUGAUGACUUUCAACUUGAUAUCGCAUUUUUCAAAUUUAGCUCCACUCGUAAACUCCUCGGAAGCUAAUAAUUAUUAUGAUGACCUUACGGAGGAGGAACAUAUUAUUUGUGAGGCCUCGGCCGGGCUAGAAGAUUUCGUACUGCAAUUUUUCGAUAGAAUAUGUGCCUGGGUGGAAUCCAAUUCUCUCGAUUUUGUUCGGUUAGAACACAGCGAUAACGAUAAUAAGAGUAUACUGGAGUCUGUAUCGGAAACUGCGCUAUUCUCUGUCAUAAACGCUCUGCUUUAUCAAUGCUCGCCCGAGAUUUUCACGGCGGCACUUAGAAAGGUUCACAGCUUUGCUACUAAUCGUAUCUUAGAAUUGAAAGUUUCCGGAAAGUUAGUCGCAAUUUUAUGCGCUUGUUUUGCCAAAACCAACCCUAAGGAAACGCUGAAAUUGUUUGUUCCAGAUCUAUGCGAUACAAUAGAAAGGUUGCUAGGGGACGACGAAGAUAUUAGCAAGGAAGAGCAGCUAAAUGAUGAACUGUUAUACAACUUGUUGCUAUUGUCAGAGGUAAUCAACUUUUUUAAGUCUGCCCACAACUGCGAUAUUUCAUCUCUAGACUACUGAUAAGUUUUCAUAUAG